AAUCAAGCGGUAUAUUUAUCAUUCAUUACAUACACAAAUACAAUACAUAAUGAUUUGCUGUAUUAUUUAGACAACUCAGAAUAUAAAGAAAGAGUCUGCCAAGAAAUACUGUACUCUGCGGAGGUUGGAUGUAGACUACAUUGUUCCCUUCAACAUAAACAGCCAUGGCGGAUUCUUCCAGUCCGGCUGUGUAUGUAGUUGUUAGUAAUAUACCUGCUGCGUUUCGAUCCGCAGAUCUUAGAAACUAUUUCAGCCAGUUUAUAGAAGGUGGCGGUUUCUUGUGUUUCCACUACCGACACCGUCCGGAGGUUUUGAAAGGGUCUGAAAUCGAAGGACCUCAAGUUGACCAGACCAGGCAGAGUCAACCAGAGGAACCCGAUCAAACGGAUAAGGCACAUUCGAACUCUUUGGAAACAGCAGAGAGUGGUUCAUCAUCGAAAGGCAAGACAUGUUGUUGUGUAGUUUCGGUCCAUUUGAAGGAGGCUGAUCGAUUUGUCAAAUUGUACGCAUCGAAUCAAUGGAUCGACUCGAAAGGCUCCUGGCUCGCCAGACGUUGCGUUAUUAAAAGAGUGAAGGUGUCGAACUCCACAGAUGACGAUGGGUUCCCUUACAGAACGAAGUCAGAACAGAGACGCCGUGUGGCACUAACAGAGCGCUUUACCGAGGCGGAUCUGAAAGCUCUACCGGAGCUUAAUCCGCCCUCUCUGAUGCCUUCUGGAAAUGUUGGCACAACAAUAAAGGUGUUCCUUCAGCUCAUACAGUCAUGCCGUCUGCCUCCACGCCUCAUCCGCAAGCUGGGCCUCACCUUCCCCAAGACCAGUUGCAACCGACGCUACGGCAACGUGCCCUUUCAGUACCAUGACACCAGAAUAAUGCCAGUCACGGAGGAGAGUGUGUUCACAGCAGAUGGACAGGAGAUAUCUGGUCCUGGGGCAGUUGCCCCUCCACCGUCAGACGCCCAGGGUGGUUCAGCUGACCCCCCUCCCUCCACGCAGCAGACCCCAGACCCAGAGGAAGAAGAUGUGCAAUCAGAUCCGGAUGAUGACGAGGACCGCUGCGAGGAGUGGGAGCGCCACGAGGCCCUCCACGAGGACGUGACGAGCCAGGAGCGCUGCAAGGAGCGGCUGUACGAGGAGGAGAUCGAGCUGAAGUGGGAGAAGGGCGGCUCCGGCCUGGUCUUCUACACCGACGCCCAGUACUGGCAGGAGGAGGAGGGGGAUUUUGAUGAGCAAACAGCGGACGACUGGGAUGUGGACAUGAGCGUUUACUAUGAUAAAGACGGCGGGGACAUGGAUUCCCGGGACUAUGUCCGCAUGCGUUACGAGAAGAGGAUGAGGGAGGGGCUUGAGGACCGGUCCGGACGCGACCGACCAAUCGGCAGCUUUGAGAAGUUCACAAAGGGGUUUGGUCGGCGUGUGAUGGAACAGCAAGGCUGGAAGGAUGGGGAAGGGCUUGGAAACAGCCAAGCAGGGAUCCCAGAUGCCCUUGAGAAUGAAGGACAGCAUCCUAGAUGCAAAAGGGGAUUUGGGUAUCAUGGCGAGAAGCUGAACUCAUACUUUGUGAAAAAGGCCAGAACAGACUUCCAUAUAACGACGAAAUACGAUGAACCCAAAGACAUUGACCAAGGUGACAGCCUACUUAGACGGCAACCGACAACCAGCAUGAAAUACAGAGAAUGGCAGCCAGGAGGCAGCGUUGGGCCAAAAAGAUGACAUUAGUGAACGUGAUUUUAUAUUUUAGGUUUCUUCGAGCUUCUUUAGCACAAUAUGUUGUAUUGAAUGCAUUAUAUUUGUUGUUGAAUAAAACACCUUGUGAUAUUUUUCAA